AUGUACCGCAGCAUCACCCCUCAGGUCUCGAUGCCGCAGCACUCCAUCUUUGGCGAGGCCGUAACUGUCACCUCCGCCACUUCCAUCAAGAAGCAGAAGCAGACCAACCCAGCCAAGGCUGCGGCGAACAACAACAACAACAACAGCAACAGUAACAGCGCCCCGAAACGAAGCGAAAAAAUGGCCCAGCCAAAGAGGAUCACGUCGCCCCUCUUCAACAUGGCCGAGACGGCCGCAAACGCCAUAUUCACCUACGAUGAGCUCGAGCCCAGCGAAGAGGCCAAGAAGAAGUCGGAAGCCGCGCUGGCCGCCCUCAUCGACCUCGCCGUCGACCAUUGGAAGAGCAAGCAUCGCCAGGCCUCGACCGCGUUUGACAAGCAGGUCAACGACUACCUCCGGGCUACCGAGAGCGCCUGCAACGACGCCUGCCGCCGCGCAGAGGAGCGCUGGUAA